UCCACGAGGGGGAGAACCUGGGUGGAGGUUUGCAGCUCCUGUUGCUCUCGCCAUGUCUGGCAGUUGAGGAGCAUCAGGUCAUGACGCAGUGCGCGCCCGGCUCCCACUCGGUGGUUGUGGACCCGGCUGUGGAGCGCUGGUGGCACUGGGGUGGAGCCCUUGCCCUGUCUUGCAUGUCAGUCAUCUCCCAGCUCCACCGUGGUCCUCCGGUCGAUGAGUCACAUCGUGAAGGUGUGAGACCAGGGCGGAGGAGAGGUCACCCUCAUGUGGAGAGGCCCGCUGUGCUAAUGGCCUCCAACAGGAAGUGGAUCCAUCUGCCGGAGCAGCAGGUGGCGCUCACAUGAGCAGAACACGUCUGUCUCUCUCGCUCUCUGUCCUUGAGGGGACCUCUCCCGGCCUCUGCCCCUGAACACAUGGCUCACCUGAGCCAGGGCCCUGGACCAGACUGGGACCCGGAUGGUUUGAAGGUUUGGCCAUCACCACCUUUGGAGGAGCAGCCAAACAGUCCUCACAAGAUCAGCGUCCUGCGACGAGGUGAGCAUGGUGGACUUGUGUUGUGUGUGUUGUCAGGAUGAGGGUGCUCCUGGCUCUGGCGCUUCCUGAAGCCUCGCAGCUGUGCUGCGUCACCGCCUCGCUGCCGGACCACCCGGAGCCUCGGACCCUGCAGCUCACGACCUGCAGGGAGAUGGUCGCAGGCUUCCCGGAGAUCCUGGUGUCGCCUGCCCUGGACUCCUUCACGGAGGUGGUUGCGGUCAUGACGGUGCCCUUUCUUCAGGUGGGACUCCUGGAAGGCUUUGCUGGGAGGAGAGGCGUGCAGCUGGGCCGGGCUCGCAGCGUCUCCCCGCCUCUCCUCCAGUCCUGCCUGUCCUUCACCCUGGUCACCAGACUGUCUCCCGCCUGGAACAAGGUGGGCUGUCUCCUUGUUCAGGCUGAGGACUUCCUGGCCGAGCGGCGCCCCCUGGAGGCUGUCAGUAUGGAGUGGAGCUUCAGCGCUGGUCAGCUGGGUUUGAGUGUUGAAGCUCACACUGUCAGACUUCAGCCAACCACACUGGAGGAGUUGGUUCCAUCCCCCCAGAUGCUGAGAGAAUUCUGGAAGGAUCCCUGCUCUGUUCUUCAGCCAGUCAGCCACGGGGGGGCGCUGUGGUGCCACGUGCUGCCCAGCAUGAAGCGGGGCCAGGUGGUGAGCGUCAGCCGGCAGCUGCCCACCCACGGACCCUUCCAGUCCUAUAGGGAGCUGCAGCACCACUGGAGCCGCUUGUACGGCUACCGGCUGCCUGAGCUCUCGGACUCGGAGCUGGUCUACUGCAGCGUGCGCUUCCUGCCUCUGGGCCACAGACUCUUCACGUACCCGCUCAGCUGCAUUCGCCUGCGCCCGCCGCUGCUGCUCCCCGCCGGCCAGCAGGGGGCGCUGCUCUCCUUCCUCUCUGCCGUCUGCGAGGGACUCGGCGCCCGGCUGACCCCGGGGCCCACGCUGAGCCUGGGGCCCACGCUGCUGAGUCAGAGGCCCCGCCCACACCACAUGGCCACACCCCCUGUCGGUUUGCAAGCAUGGUGCCAUGAAGAUGAAGACGGCCCCACCUCCUCUUCCGGUCCCUCAACUUCACCUUCUGCCCUCCUCCCUCUGUCUUCCUCCAUUCCCCCUCUUCAUCCCCCUCCUCCUCCUCUUCACCUCCCUCUUCGUCCUCCUCCUCCUCCUCCCGCGGCUCCCUCUGGCUCCAGGUUGGCGCCGAUCUUCAGAAGCAAGCGGCCGUGUCCUCCACCUGCUGCUGGCAGACCUUCCUUCCUCUGGGCCCCUGCCCUCACACCCGGCUCCUCCCAGCCCAGCGUGGUGGAGAAGCCUGGCUCCUCAGCCAUGAGGUCCAGCAGGAGACGCCGUGACCCGUAUCCCCCCCCCGGCAGGAGGGACACACCUCUGGUGCCUGGCACGGUGGGAGGAGCUGCCCAGGGGGGCGGCGCUCCGAGUCAGGUGAGCGGGCCCGGGGCCCUUGGGGGAUCCAUGUAUGUGCUGGGACAUCAGCGUCUCGGUCUCCGUCUCAGCUGGGCUCAGAGAUCCGACAGAGACCAGGUGGAUGUGGAGAGGAUGCCGGGAUUGGAGCCGAGGUCCAGGUGUGGCGUCCGGCUCGGCGCCGCUGACCAGCUGCCGGGCACGAGACCGUGGCAGUGCUUCCUCACGUUCCGCUGCAGCUGCGUUCCCUCGUUCGGAUGGUAGAAAAUAAAAGUUGUUCAGAACCAAGUGGCGCCGAGCUUUCCAUGGUCCAGAUCCGGACGGAAGCAGAGCCCAGCAGGAGAACUGGGCUGGGCUCUGCUUCCGUCCUGAGCCUCCGGCUGCUGGAGGCUGGUCCCUCUCUCAAAGACGCCUUUGUUCCUGCGGGAACCGAGCCAGGCGCCUGCGAGUGUGUGGGACUGAAGACGCGGCUCAGCUCGGGGUCGAAACAACCUUUAAUGGCUGUCCUCACUCCGCGCGUGUGUCUCUGUGAGCCAAGCCCACUCUCACCCGAGGCCCCGCCCCCCUUCCUCAGACGCCCCUCCCUCUUUCAGGAGUCCAGUGAGGACGUGCAGGAGGCGCUGGUGGACGUCUCCUGCUGCUCCUCCCUCAGUCUUGGCACAUUCCUGCACAGCUCUCUGCAGCUCCACCUGCAGGCCAGACCCGUCAGUGCCGCUCUGUG